AUGAGGAAAAGCUGGGCGGCCGGAGAGUUAGCCAGAGCACUGAUUUCAGCCGCAUCCCACCACCACCACCACCGAACACAAGGUCCAUCAUCAUCAUUGAGGAAAUGGGGUCCGGCCCUGGAGCAAAUCCUGCACCAACAGCUCCGCGGUUGCACGGAUUCACUGACCCCAACGCUCGUUGCCGGAGUCAUUGACCCACACCUCCUCCACCACCACUCUUUAGCUUUGGGCUUCUUCAAUUGGGCUGCUCAACAGCCGGGCUUCUCCCACACUUCCGCCUCCUACAAUUCCAUCCUCAAGUCUCUCUGCUUUUCCCGCCAAUUCAACCAUUUGGAGAAGCUCUUGAAGCAGUAUAACGGCGGCAACAUCCAGAGCAUCCACCCGUCCGUAUACGGCCCCGUUCUCUCCACCCUCAUCUCCGGUAGGAAAACCCACCUCGCGUUCUCGGUGUUCCUCCGAAUUCGUGAUGCAAUUUCAUGCAUUGGGUUAUCCACGUGUAAUUCUCUCCUGGCGGCUCUGUCUGCCGAAGGGAAUCUUAAGGACGCCCAUACAGUGUUCGUCGAAAUGCUUCAGAGAGGUAUUCCCUUAACAACACUUGGUUUUGGGGUGUUUCUGUGGAAACUAUGCAGAUAUGCUGAUCACGCUGGGUCCCAGAUUCUGCAGUCGUUAGAUGAUGUUAUAAAUAACGGUGAUGCCUCCGGGAUCAACGGCUCCAUAAUUGCAGUUUUAGUUGCUCACGGGCUUUGUUCGGGACCCAAUAAGAGACCCUGGGAAGCUACGCCAAUGCUGGAUGAGCUAAGAACAAGAGGGUGUAAACCGGACUUCAUAGCUUAUAGGAUAGUAGCUGAAGCGUUCCGGGAGACGACAGGGUGCACAGUUGAUGUUACCAAUGCACUGAAAAAGAAGCGCAAGUUAGGGGUGGCACCCCGGGCUGAUGAUUAUAAGGAAUUCAUCUUUGCUUUGAUUGGAGAAAGACUUGUAACUGAAGCAAAUGAAUUAGGUCAACUCAUUGUGAGUGGCAACUUCCCCAUUGAGGAUGAUGUUCUUGGUGCCCUAAUAUCCUCCGUAUCGCCUAUCGACCCGUGUUCUGCAGUAUCCUUCCUGAAGUACAUGAUGCUUCAAAUUCAACAAAAAGGGGAAAAGAAAAUGCUCUCAUUAACGCUGCCCGUUCUCUCUGUUUUGAGUGAGAAUCUUUGCGGACAUGGUAUGGUAAAUGAAUUGGUCGACAUUUUUGAGGAUCUCUCCACGAAUCACAAUUACUUCGUAGAUUCACUAACUUACAACCUAAAACUUACCAUGUUGUGCAAGGCAGGAAGGUUGAGGGAAGCCUACGAUGCCCUUCAUGAGAUGAAGAGGAAAGGUCUGCCACCAGAUAUUUCCAGUUACAACACUCUCCUACAAGCCUGUUGUCGGGAUGACUUGAUUCGCCCUGCAAAAAGAUUGUGGGAUGAGAUGUUUACGAAUGGAUGCAAAGGGAAUUUGGAGUCCUACUCUAUCUUGAUUCACAAGUUUUUGGAAACAGGGGAGAUUAGCGAGGCUCACAAACUGUUCUGCCAGAUGAUGGAUAGAGGGUUGUUGCCUGAUGAGAGUAUAUAUGCAUCCCUUCUUGCCGGACUCUGUCAAGCUAAACAGGUUGAUACUGCUGUGCAGGUUUUUUAUAGGUGUGUUGAACAAGAUGCCAAGCUUGGAAACGAAAUUGUGAGUGCAUUCAUCACAAACCUUUGCAGACAUGGAUUAUUUCCAGCUGCCUCUAAUUUACUCAUGAGCGAAAAAACCGCUGAUUUGGGAAAUUUAGUAGAUGUUCGUCUGACCUUUCUGAAUUAUUUAGCUGAGGUUGGGGAGGUGGAACUGGCUCUUGAUCACUUGAGACGGAUUGGAGAUAUAUCACCUAGGAUAUUAGAUGCUGUUCUUAGUAGAGCAAAAUUAUCAUUCUCCGCAUUGCCAAAGCUGAAGGUUCAUACACAAGAAGGACCGAAGGAGCUUAAAGAAACAACACCUUCACGGCAGCAUAAUAUUCUACACGAUCAAGAAACAGUCAGAAAACGAACAGGGCGAGGGCGAUCCUCCUCGUUCCUCCUUGCGAGUAAAAGUUUGCUCAGGAGGGUGCUCAUCUCAAUCUGGAUUGAAGAGGGUGCUCUUCAAUGCUACUCCAUUCUCCUCCCAGGAUUUACGACGGUAUUCGCAAAUUGUGUGACUAGUGAUAGGUUACAUGUGAUACCGCAAACUGCAAGCAAGUUUGCAGGGCCUCUUCUUUGCUGGUCGGUAGUUGUCGUCCUCGGAACCGAUCUUGUUGAAAUAUUUCCGGCGGAAGAGGCCUAA